AUGUUAGUAUUGAAAAACAUGUUCCUUGACAAAAUAAAACCAACUACAGAAAUAAACGACGCAAGACUGAAAGAUUGGGUAAAAGCUUUCCCAUUCACAAAAGAUAUAGUUGGUAACAUGGAAAGAAAACCAGAAUGGCUACAAAAACAUAUAUUUGGAAACGAGCAUAUUCCAUAUGGACAGGCACUGUUUGAAGAGCUUGAACCGGAAACUCAGGAAAGAGUCAUGCAAACAAUACGCGAAGACUCAAAUACAGACUAUGACAAACUCUUUCUAGGAUAUAGGUUACCUGAGAUGGGCGACCAGAGCCAAAAGGCAAAAAGGACAUGGGAAAUUUGCAACAUACUAGAUGAACAUAAUGCAAAGAUGCAACAACUUCAAGCAGAGGGCAAUGAAGGAAAAAGAAGAGUUAAAAACUCAGUCAGGAAGAAAGUAAAGCUUGGUCCACGUGGGUUCUAUUAUGACAUAUAA